GCUGGAAGUUUUGGAAAAGUUGGUUCGGGAUUUAAAAGGACAGUGUAAAACCCCAUGUUGUGCAAAUGUACAGACUGGAGCUGAUGACCCUGCCAGUCACAAAUCUCCCUCGUGUCCCCAGCCCAUUGAAUCUUGCCCUGGGGGUUGUGGAGGGGAAGAACAAGGAAUCUGCAUUGAUGGACAAUGUCAGUGCAAAGAUGGAUACAUGGGAGAACAUUGCCAGCUGAAAACCUGUCCUGAAGAUUGUAAUGACCAAGGUCGAUGCAAAGAUGGUCAAUGCGUCUGCUUUCCUGGAUACUUUGGAAUUGAUUGUGGCUCAAAGUCCUGUCCUAAUAAUUGUCAAAAUCAUGGACGCUGUGAAAAAGGAGUUUGUAUUUGUGAUUCUGGGUAUUCUGGAGUUGACUGUAGUUCCAGAACCUGCCCCAAAAACUGUUUCAAUAGAGGUCGAUGUAAAAAUGGAGUUUGUAUAUGUGAUCCUGAUUAUACCGGUCUAGACUGCAGCAUGAAAACUUGCCUCAACGACUGUCAAGACCAUGGUCGUUGUGAAGAUGGAAUGUGUGUGUGUUAUCCUGGAUUCACUGGAGUGGAUUGUAGUUCCAGAACUUGUCUCAAUGACUGCCAGAAUAAUGGCAGAUGUGAAGAUGGAGUUUGUGUUUGUGAUUCUGGGUUUUCUGGACCAGAUUGUGGGUUUAUGAGCUGCCCAGAAGAUUGUAAUGAGCAGGGCCGAUGUGUGUCAGGAGUCUGUAUAUGUGAUAGUGGUUUUAUUGGGCCAGACUGUGGAACUAGGGUCUGUUCUCCUGAAUGUGAGAGGCGUGGACGUUGUGAGGAUGGUGAGUGCAUCUGUAACCCUGGAUUUACUGGGCCAGACUGUGAGAUAAAAACAUGUCCUAAUGAUUGUCAUAAACAAGGAAUGUGUGUUGAUGGAAAAUGUGUUUGUGAUUCUGAAUAUACAGGAUUAGACUGCCAGUUUAAAAGUUGCCCGAAUAAAUGCCACAACCGGGGUAGGUGUGAAGAUGGAAUCUGCAUUUGUAAUUCUGGAUAUUCCGGGUCAGAUUGUGGGUCAAAAACUUGCCCAAAGAACUGCAGUGGGAAUGGGCAGUGUGUAAAGGGCAAAUGUAUAUGUGAUCCCGGAUUUAUUGGGCCAGUUUGUGGAACCAGAGCCUGUUCAGCUGGUUGUAGCAAUCAUGGGCGCUGUGUGAGAGGGAUCUGUGUCUGCUCUCCAGGGUACACUGGGGUGGAUUGUGCAUCCAGGCUAUGCCCCAAAAACUGCAAUAACCGAGGCAGGUGUGAAAAUGGAGUAUGUAUAUGUGAUCCUGAAUAUACAGGCCUUGAUUGUGGAUCUAGGAAUUGCCCCAACAACUGCAACAGUAAGGGGCAAUGUGAUGAUGGUGUCUGCAUUUGUGAUCUGGGAUAUACUGGCCUUGAUUGUGCAACUAAAUCCUGCUUUAAUGAUUGCCACCAUAGGGGAAGAUGUGUAGAUGGUGUGUGUAUUUGUGAGGCUGGAUAUACAGGUCUGGAUUGUGGCACUCUAAGCUGCCCUGAAGACUGCCACAACAGAGGUCAGUGUGAAAAUGGAGUAUGUGUCUGUGAUCCUGGCUUUACUGGGUUAGAUUGUGGUUCAAGGAGUUGUCCCAAUAAUUGUAAUUACCGUGGUCAGUGUGAAGAUGGAGAGUGCAUUUGUGAUUCUGGAUAUACUGAUCAUGACUGUGGCUCAAAAACAUGUCCUAAUAAUUGUCAAAACCAUGGCCGUUGUGAUAAUGGGGAGUGCAUCUGUGAUUCUGGAUAUGCUGGUACAGACUGUGGAUUGAGACCCUGUCCAAACAACUGCCACAACCAGGGACAGUGUGUAGAUGGAGUUUGCAUUUGUAACUCUGGAUACACCGAUCUAGACUGUGGGUUGAAAACCUGUCCAUAUGACUGCCAUGACAGAGGUCAAUGUGUAAAUGGUAUAUGUAUAUGUGAUUCUGGAUAUAGUGGUCUAGAUUGUGGUUCUGCCUCAUGCCCAAAUAAUUGUCAGAAUCAUGGAAAAUGUGAUAAUGGAGAGUGUGUUUGUGAUUCUGGGUAUACUGGUGUGGACUGUGGGACUCAAGCCUGUCCAGAAAACUGUCACAUACAUGGCCGAUGUGAGCAAGGGGUCUGUAUCUGCCAGCCUGGAUAUACAGGGUUGGAUUGUAGUUCUAAAUCCUGUCCAAAGAACUGUAAUGGCAAUGGGCAGUGUAUAAACGGAAAAUGUAACUGUGACUUUGGAUUUGCUGGACCGGUUUGUGGAAGCAGAACUUGCCCAGGGAACUGUGGCGGACGAGGAAAAUGCAUAAAUGGGGUCUGUAUGUGCAAAAAAGGAUAUGAAGGAGCUGACUGCAGCAUGGUUGUCACAGAACUUGUAGCAGUUACUGGGCUACAUGUAACAUCGGUGGAAGAAUCUUCAGUAACCAUCGAAUGGGACCUCCCACAGACUCCUCCAGAUUUAUAUGUCAUAUCAUUUAAAGCAAAGAAGGAGAAUGGCCUAUUAAACAACACAGUGGAUGGCUCUCUCACUUCAUUUGUUCAGACUGGUCUGGCCUCAGGAGAGGAGUAUCUUGUGUCUAUACAACCCCAGAAGGGCCUAAGUGUUGGGCCUGAUACCACUGUAACUGCUACUACAAGCAUUGAGACUCCUCAGGGACUCCGAGUGACAGAAAUCACCACCACCUCUUUCCUUUUAAGAUGGGAACGGCCCCAGUCUUUCCCUGAUCGGUACAUAGUGACACUAGUGUCCCCAAGCGGGAAGGAGAAAAAGCUGAAAGCCCCUGGGAAGGGUGAUAGGGUGAGGGUUACUGGACUGGAAGAGGGGACAAUUUACAAAGUGAUAUUGAGAGCAGAAAGGGGACAGGAACAAAGCAGAGGGAUGGAGACCACUGCAAAUACAGCUAUUGACAGGGAGCGAAAAAAUAUAGAUGAUGAAGAGGCCCGCAAGAAGAAAGGAAAGGUAGUGACCCCCCAACGGGUCGGUCAACUUGAAAAGCCACGAUUUUCCGAAGAUCAUUACGGUACUGCAACAACUGGGCAAGUUCAUACUGGAGGUGGAGAAGGCAGUUCAAAAACAAGGGAGAUAACAGAGUAUAUUGCUGAAGACCAAACACAAAAGGGCAUACUAAACACCACUAGAAGAACUAUCAAAACCACCAUUAUUACUACAUACCACAUUCAGAAUCAAAAGGAAGGAGGUGUGGUGGAUAUAUUUGAUGAUACUAAAGAUAUCAAAUAUUCACAGCAAAGGACAAAGCAUCUAACAGAUAGGGAAAAAAUAAGCAGCGAGUUGGAAGAGGGUGAUUUAGGAGAGAUUACAGAAAAGACUGAUACAACAAGGGCUGAUGUUAAAAAGCUUGUACCUGAGAGCAAAGUGCAAAGUUGGAUCACCAGAGGAAAAAUUAUAGAUGCAUCUUCUGGAGAGAGACCGCCAAUCCGUCUGAUACAGGAGAGUAACAUAACAUCAGUUAAUUUAGAUAAUACGCAGGGAGCUGGACGAGUUGGUUUCUCUCAAACUGACCCCAUGAGGCAAAAAACAAGUGAUCAAUCUGUGGAGGUGGUCACUGGGAUCAAAGUUAAUUUAGAGAGUACAGAGUCAAAAACAUUCUCCCAUGACAAAUUACCUUUCACUAUAAAUGAGAAGCUAAAGAAGGAGAGAGGUUCAGGCGGUGCACCAGAUAAUAGAUAUGAAAUGAGCGCAUCUCAAGAAUAUAGUGAUAUAUCAACAAAAGCACAUGCGGAGGGCAGAAACUCUAGAAAAGAUAAUAUAGGGUGGGAGGAAGAGAAAUUAUUUAAUCAGACAGUGGAAGAGAAAAGUGGGAAAAGAAGGCUAGAAGCAGGAAUAAAAGAUCAGAAACAAAAUAAGAUGGAAAAGGCAUUUUCUGGAGGUUUACACAUAAAGGCCGUAAUUGAGAACUUACCAACAAAACUAUCAGUUUACAAUGGGACCUUCAUACAACGUCUCGAAAGUUACCUGCGUUCGACUUCUUACCCACUAAGAAUUAAUCAAACAGUGGAAUCUGUGGCUAGAGCAAUCUUCCUUUACUUAGUGAAGUAUAAACCCAAUAGUUUUACAGGAAUGGUAUAUGAUCGUCUUCCAGAAAAGACUCCAGGUGCACCAGGAAAUAUGGAUCCUUUUGGAGCAAGUAGACUUCAGGGUAAUAUGGGGAGUGUUAUGGUGGGUAACAAAUCAGAUCAAACAAAAGAGGUAGAAGUUCUCAAACCAAAGGAUAGAAGUGAGUAUAGUUCUUCAUCUGAUCUUCAUGAAGUUAAUAUGAAACUCCUGAGAGAAGACCUUCUGAAAGCCAAAAUAACUCAUAUGGACAUUGAAGACGUGCAGGUUGAAAAUCCCACUCCAACUAAUGACAAAGAAAUUACCCCCCAAACGCAACAUUACCACAGUAAAAAAAUUCCACCAAAACAGCUAAGACCAGAGAAUGAGAGAUCUGAAAUAAAGGAGGGGGAGAUAAAAAAUGAACACCACAUUUCAAGAAGUAAGAUUGAUGACAGAGUGUCUUUACCGCAAGUGAGAGAGGGUGAGGGAAAAGAAAAUAAAGAAAAGGCAACGAUAUUUAACCAUACACAUGGGUUUGCUGGUCGAUCACCACAUCCUACAUUGAUUAAAAUUUCUGGUCCAGGCAUUUAUGACAGACCAACUAUUCUACAGAGUACUCCUACAAGUCUUGUUGUAUCCCUAGAUGGUAUUGGGGUUCUAUCUGACAAGGUGAUGAUUCAUUAUCGUCCAUUUCAAACCAUCAUGACUGAUAUUCCACACCAAAUGGAGGUUGGUAAAGGAGUUGGAAAAGUGGUGAUCAGGGAUCUAGAACCAGGGACCACCUACCGCCUUGACAUUCAUGGGCUAUUGAGGGGGCAGUCUUCCAAGUCUUACACAUUGAUAGCUGACACAGCACAAAGAUCGACAAAGUUGCCCACUGUGGUGACCACGCAACCAACAAUAUCCCAAAAAGAGGACAUUAUAACUACCACGACUUUAUCAGUUUCUCCGCGGCCCCGUGUACCAGCUCAAAUGGGAGCACUGCAAGUUCGGAAUGUUACAAGUGAAAGUAUCACGUUAGUUUGGAAGGCCAAGAUUAGGGUUUAUGAUUCAUUCUUAGUGCGCUACGAGGAGGUAACCGAGGGUGUCAGUCCACAAGAAAUAUCUGUUCCAGGAGAUCAACGGGAGGUGACUUUAAGAGGACUUACUCAAGAUACCAGAUAUGCAGUAUUGCUCUAUGGAAUAAAGGGAGGAAAGUUGUCACGGCCUUUGAGAGAGGAAGUAACAACAGAACCGCUCCCUGAUAGAGGCACUCCGCCUCGCCUCUCUCCUCUCUUGGUGUCUGAAGUCCACACAAACUCUGCACUUUUAUCAUGGGAACCUCUAGAUGGUGAUUUUGAUGCAUAUAUAUUGCGGUAUGGACCUCCUGAGGGCCCCAUGCAAGAGGAAACCCUGAGAGGAGACCAGACAUCUUUCCUUAUUGAUGGAUUGGUUGCAGGAGUUAAUUACUCAGUUGAGCUGCUUGGCAUUUGGGGAGAAAGUUACACAGAGCCUCAGGUUACGAAUGUGCUGACAGAAAAACCACAACCUCCUCGCUUGGAGUCCCUCACUCUGUCUGAUGUACGAAGUGAAUCUUUACAUCUCUCUUGGGAUGUCCAGGGUGGAGAGUUUGAUUCCUUUCUCCUUUUGUACCGAGAUGGAGAGGGAAAACCACAGGAAAUAACGCUAGAUAAAAAUUUGCGCUCUUUCACUAUCAUAGACUUGAAGCCUGGAAAAAAGUAUAAAUUUGUCUUGUAUGGCAUGUCAGGGGAGAAGAGAAGCAAACCAGUGUCAGCAGAGGGGAGCACAGAAAAACUUCAACCACCUAGACUAGAGUCUCUGUCUGUGUCUGAUGUCCACAGUGACUCUGUACUACUUUCGUGGGUGGUUCAGGGUGGUAAAUUUGACUCAUUUCUUCUAAAUUAUCGGGAUGCUGAGGGCAAACCCAAGGAGGUUGCUUUUGAAGGGGAACAGCGCAGUGUCCCAGUCGGGGAACUGAAACCUGGAAAGAAAUAUAAAUUUAUCCUUUAUGGGAUUUCAGGAGGAAAGAAAAGCAAAGCAGUGAUAGCAGAGGCCACCACAAAACCGCUCCCUGAGAAAGGUACUCUGCCUCGCCUCUCUCCUCUCUUGGUGUCUGAAGUCCACACAAACUCUGCGCUUCUAUCAUGGCAAGCGCUAGAUGGUAAUUUUGAUGCAUAUAUAUUGCGGUAUGGACCUCCUGGGGGCCCCAUGCAAGAGGAAACCCUGAGAGGAGACCAGACAUCUUUCCUUAUUGAUGAAUUGGUUGCAGCAGUUAAUUACUCAGUUGAGCUGCUUGGCAUUUGGGGAGAACGUUACACUGCGCCUCAGGUUACGAGUGUGCUGACAGAACCGCUCCCUGAGAAAGGUACUCUGCCUCGCCUCUCUCCUCUCUUGGUGUCUGAAGUCCACACAAACUCUGCGCUUCUAUCAUGGCAAGCGCUAGAUGGUAAUUUUGAUGCAUAUAUAUUGCGGUAUGGACCUCCUGGGGGCCCCAUGCAAGAGGAAACCCUGAGAGGAGACCAGACAUCUUUCCUUAUUGAUGAAUUGGUUGCAGCAGUUAAUUACUCAGUUGAGCUGCUUGGCAUUUGGGGAGAACGUUACACUGCGCCUCAGGUUACGAGUGUGCUGACAGAAAAACGACAACCUCCUCGCUUGGAGUACCUCACUCUGUCUGAUGUGCGAAGUGAAUCUUUACAUCUCUCUUGGGAUGUCCAGGGUGGAGAGUUUGAUUCCUUUCUACUUUUGUACCGUGAUGGAGAAGGAAAACCACAGGAAAAAACUGUAGAUAAAGAGUUGCGCGCUUUCACCGUCAGAGACUUGAAGCCUGGGAAAAAGUAUAAAUUUGUCUUGUAUGGCAUGUCAGGGGAGAAGAGAAGCAAACCAGUGUCAGCAGAGGGGGGCACAGAAAAACUUCAACCACCACAACUAGAGUCUCUGUCUGUGUCUGAUGUCCACAGUCACUCUGUACUACUUUCGUGGGUGGUUCAGGGUGGUAAAUUUGACUCAUUUCUUCUAAAUUAUCGGGAUGCUGAGGGCAAACCCAAGGAGGUUGCUUUGGAAGGGGAACAGCGCAGUGUCCCAGUCGGGGAACUGAAACCUGGAAAGAAAUAUAAAUUUGUGUUGUAUGGGAUUUCAGGAGGAAAGAAAAGCAAAGCAGCGAUAGCAGAGACCACCACAAAACCACAUGAAAAAUUAGUGCCCUCUUCUCCUGCAACUCCUACUAUGCCUCGUCUGAUUGACCUGCAAGCCAAUGAAAUAGGGAAAGAUUCAGUAAAUUUGUCAUGGAAAGUGGAGGGUGAGUCUUCUUUUGACUGGAUCGUGGUACAGUAUGGGGAGCCUGAUGGUAGAGUGAGAGAGGAGCAGGUUCCAGGAGGGGACACGAGCACCACAGUCACAGGACUGCUGCCAUCCAGGCGAUACAAGUUUAAUCUAUAUGGCAUCAAAGGGGAGAGACGAAGCAAACCUUUAUCCAUUGAGAUUGAAACAGAUUUCCUGGAGGCUAUUGGUCAACCUACUUCUUUCCUGAAUGAUCUUUAUGUUUCUCCACGUGGUCCUCAUUCCAUCUUACUUUCUUGGGAAGCUCCAGAAGGCUUUGACUCAUUUGUUAUUAAUUAUAGCAUUGAGGGUCAUGAGAAGCCUCAGAAAAAGGCAUCUGUAGAUGGAACUGCACGUACUCUCUUGCUUACUGACCUCCAGCCUGACACCCUAUAUAAAGUAAUACUACAUGGAAUUAGAAAAGGGAAGGAGCAGAACAGUCUGAAAGCCACUGGACGUACAGGAUCUCUGGACCUUGAACCCCCUAAAAACUUGAGAUUUAAUGAUGUAGAAGAAACAUCUUUCACUGUCAUUUGGGAUCCCCCCAACCCUGAAACCACCACAUUCAAAGUAUCAUAUCAACUUGCAAAGGGGGGAGAACCUGAAAGUGUCAGUGUAGUUGGAGACAGCAAAUCUCUGCAGAGACUAAACUCUGGAACACAUUAUGAAGUUACAGUGGUAUCUGUACGGGGGUUUGAGGAAAGUCAACCGCUGACAGGCUACAUCACUACAGGUGGAGGUGGUCCACGUUCUCUGCGUGCUCUUGAUGUGACUGAAGAAUCAGCACUUUUACGGUGGGAACCAGAAAUGGGAUCCGUAGACAGAUAUUUAGUGACAUACAGGGCAGAGAAUGUGCUUUCAGUGACCUUAGAAGUGUCAAGUGAUCAGACUGAGCUUCCUAUAACUGGUUUGAACCCACACACUGAAUACUAUGCAAGUGUGCAAAGCCUCCAUGGAUCAAAGCUGAGCUCACCAACCUCUACCUCUUUCACUACUGGUGCUGAUACUCCACGGGAGCUCCUUGCCAAUAAGAUCACAGCUCAUAGUGCCCUGUUGACGUGGAAACCACCUCAGGCUGUUCCUGAUGCGUAUCGACUUAUAUAUCAAACACAAGAUGGUGAAAUGAAGGAGUUCAUUUUACCAGCCAACAUGUCCUCCUUUACUCUGAGUCAUCUCACACCAUCCACCCCAUAUAAAGUUCAGCUUCAUGCCUUGCGUGGUGCUUCCAGUUCUGCACCCAUUUCCACCUCCUUCACUACAGGUCGGAUAAGAUUUCCAUUUCCCCAAAAUUGUUGGGAAAAGCUGAUGAAUGGAGAAGUGCAGAGUGGUCUCUUCACAAUAUAUAUGGGAGGAUCAAAGGAUGAUCCAUUGCUGGUGUACUGUGACAUGGAGACUGAUGGAGGUGGCUGGAUAGUUUUUCAGAGGAGAAUGGAUGGAAAAACUAAUUUUUGGAGAGACUGGAAUGAAUAUAAGAUGGGAUUUGGUAACUUUACUUCAGAGUUCUGGCUGGGUAACACUGCUCUGCAUCGUCUCUCAUCUUUGGCACCUUAUGAGUUACGUGUAGAUCUCCGGGCAGGAGCUGAGUCUGCCCAUGCUGUGUAUGAAGAUUUUCGUAUUGAGCCUGAAGAUAAACACUUUAGGCUGCGAAUUGGAGAAUACAGAGGAACUGCAGGGGACUCUCUGAGCUAUCACAACAAUAUGAUUUUCUCUACAAGGGAUCGAGAUGCCCAGAAAAGAAUAUUACCUUGUGCCAUUUCAUAUCGUGGAGCUUGGUGGUAUAAAAACUGCCACUAUGCCAAUCUUAAUGGGAUAUAUGGCAACAACAAAGACCAUCAAGGUAUGAACUGGUACACAUGGAAAGGCUUUGAAUUUUCUAUUCCAUUCACUGAGAUGAAGAUGCGGCCACAGAGAGCAGGCAACUGGCGCCGUCUCUAAAGCUCUGACAGUCUGGAACCACUAAACUUAAAACUGGAAGCAAUAUGGCACCUUUGGAAACCUUACCCAUAAGUCAUUUCUGCUAGGUCCAUGCAAUGAAAAAAAAAGACCAAAAAACUGUAUCUAGUUGUGAUCGUUUUUAACUCCAGAAACACAGAUGGAAGCGAAAAUCUAGAAACACUGGCCUCUAGAACUGGAGUCUAGAACCCAAGCGAUGGAAACAGAAAUAACCUAGAAAAAAAAGCAGAAAAAAUAGCUAUGUGCAGGCGAUAUACAUGGUCUAUAUAUACAAAAAUGCAAUGCAGCUAAAAUCUAGCAGUUCCAGGUUUUAGAAAUCUAAAACCAGAAGCUAUAAUGUAUUAAUAUAAUAUAGUGUAAAUCUAGAAGAGAAUUCUGGAAAAUACUUCAAAGGGUCUACCUGGGAGGAGUUCACCCUCAAAGGGUAGGGGAGAAUAAAAUGUUUGUCACAGCCACAAAAUGGGGAGGGGCAGUGGGGAGGAUGUGAUGGAGCACCAUUCCCUCCACCCACUAAAUAAAUAUAAAUAUAUAUAUAUAGCAAACGGAUACACGGUCUAUUUUUUAUAAAAGCACAGUAUGAAGAGGAAAUGGAUGGGAGGGGAAAAGAUGGAGGAUUUGUGUUCUGUAAACUGCUUCUAAUAAACCGAUGGGAUAUCA